AUGCAGACAGAAACCUCCAUCGCAUCGCCAGAACCACCGGACAUCAAGUCCGUGUUCGUCGCUUUAGCGGGCUGCGGAAUCUUGCUCCUCAUGAUGCUUUCCUGGUCUGCCUUCGCGCUGAGCAAAGCCAGCGUUUUCCGCAGUGCUCCCAGCGCCGUCUCUGAUACGCCAACGCGGCAGGUCGUCAACGCCUCUCCAGAGCCGCAGAUUCUUAAAGACUACUCUCGUCCAGCACACGCUCUCAUAUCUCGCUCCAAGACUGGCAACCUCGGCGGCCGCUUCGCCCUUUUCCCGGCCGAGUACUACUACAACAACAGCCACAAGUACCUGUGCUUCUACCAGGCGACGGCGGAACGGCUCGAGGCGUCGGGCAUCGUGUUCGAACUGUCCCUUUUCCCGUACCACCUGUGCACGCAUGCCGUCUUCUGCUGCGCCGCGGUGAACGCCACCACCUUUCGUAUCGAGGCACCGGAUGAGGCCCAGAAGUUCGCCUUCUACCUGCAGACACGCAACCCGUACAUCAAGGCGGUGCUGGGCAUUUCGGGGAAGGUGAGCGCCUCACUGCUGGACAACUCUUGGACCUUCCUGGAGGGCAGCGUCACCUGGCUCCGCUCGCGUCGCUACGAGGGGCUCGUACUCGCCUGGCAGCAGACUCUGGAAUCGCUGGACGCGCGCAGGAAGUACGGUGACUUGCUGGAGCGCGUGGGCCGCCGCUACUUCAGGGAGAACCUGAGCUUGAGCGUGGUCCUUGACGCGUCCGAUAACUCAAAGACGGCCCUGGACGUUGGGGAGCUGGACUUGAUGCUGCCGACCAACUACAGCAUCCUCGUUCAUCCAAUCGUCAGCGACCCUCCGAUCGUUCGUUCGGACAAGAUCGAAGAGCGCGACGCGGUCGUGUACGAGCGGCAGCGUCUUUACAGGACCCUGAAGGCGCUGCAGUCGGCUCUGCAGCGAUACCGCCCAGGAAGCGGCAUGUACAAGAUGUGCUACGUGCUGUCGUUCGCCGGAUCCUCGUACAAGUUCUGGGACCGAAACACGACUGGCGUGGAGGAAAUCGUGUUCGGUCCGGGAGACGCGGGUCCCAGUACCAGGACUCCGGGCAGUCUCGCCUAUUACGAGAUCUGCAACGAGAUUUGGGACUCGAGCAAGGUGUUUGAGUACGGCGUCGUGUCGCAGCGGGAGGACAAUCUGGUCGCUCAUCUCUCAGAGUUUGUCGUUCCCGUGCUCGCCAAGUACUUACACGAUGUGCUCGAGGCGAGGUGCUUUGGAGUCUGGAACCUGUGGUUCGACGACUUCGCUGGCUCCUGCGACAUGGGUCCUUACCCGCUCAUGAGGAACUUAUUCGGACUCUUCGGCGACUAG